GGGGGAUACUGGUUCAGGAAAGACUACACAAAUACCAUAGUAUCUUCAUGAAGCUGGUUACACGAAGCAUGGGAAGGUUGGUUGUACGCAGCCUCGGAGAAUUGCAGCUAUGAGUGUAGCUGCUCGUGUUGCUCAUGAGAUGGGUGUCAAACUUGGUCACGAGGUGGGAUAUUCUGUUCGAUUUGAGGAUUGUACUUCAGAGAAAACGGUCCUGAAGUAUAUGACUGAUGGAAUGCUCUUGCGUGAACUACUUGGAGAACCGGAUUUGGCGAGUUAUAGCGUCAUUAUUGUCGAUGAAGCGCAUGAAAGAACUCUGUCAACCGACAUACUAUUUGGAUUAGUCAAGGCAAGUGGAAAAUUUUCUCUGUUAGACUGUUACUUAUGUGGUAUCAGAUUGUUUCUUAUAUCAUGAUUGCAUUAUUUCUUCACGUAACAGGAUAUGGCACGGCUUCGACCAGAGCUGAAGUUAUUGAUAUCCAGUGCAACAAUGGAUGCAGAGAAAUUUUCUAAUUAUUUUGACGCUGCUCCAAUCUUUAUCUUCCCAGGAAGAAGAUUUUCGGUUGACAUUAGCUUUGUAACUGCACCUGAAGCUGAUUAUAUGGAUGCAGCACUAGUGACUAUUCUUCAGAUACAUGUAAAUGAACCACUUGGAGAUAUUUUAGUCUUCCUUCCCGGGCAAGAGGAAAUUGAAAAUGUAGAAGAGACGUUGAAAAACAAGAUAAGAGGUUUCGGUACAAAGAUCCGGGAACUCAUAAUAUGCCCCAUCUAUGCGAACCUUCCAAGCGAAAUCCAAGCAAAGGUUUUUGAACCGACACCUGAAGGGGCUCGUAAGGUAGUUCUAGCAACAAAUAUCGCUGAAACAUCACUUACCAUUGAUGGUAUCAAGUAUGUCGUUGAUCCAGGGUUUUGUAAGAUCAAAUCUUAUAACCCAAGAAAUGGUAUGGAGUCUUUGCUUGUAACUCCAAUAUCCAAGGCUUCAGCGACGCAACGAACUGGCCGAGCUGGAAGAACAGGUCCAGGGAAGUGUUUUCGGCNGUUUCUAUCAUAUUAUGAAAACGAGAUUGUCCCAAUAGCGGGUCAAACUUUUUCUGGAAAAUCAGCUUUUGAGAUACUUCAGGAGGAGAGAAAAAAUCUGCCAAUUUAUUCUUAUCGUGAUCAACUGCUUAAGGCUAUUGAAGAUCAUCAGGUUCUUGUCAUUGUGGGGGAUACUGGUUCAGGAAAGACUACACAAAUACCACAGUAUCUUCAUGAAGCUGGUUACACGAAGCAUGGGAAGGUUGGUUGUACGCAGCCUCGGAGAAUUGCAGCUAUGAGUGUAGCUGCUCGUGUUGCUCAUGAGAUGGGUGUCAAACUUGGUCACGAGGUGGGAUAUUCUGUUCGAUUUGAGGAUUGUACUUCAGAGAAAACGGUCCUGAAGUAUAUGACUGAUGGAAUGCUCUUGCGUGAACUACUUGGAGAACCGGAUUUGGCGAGUUAUAGCGUCAUUAUUGUCGAUGAAGCGCAUGAAAGAACUCUGUCAACCGACAUACUAUUUGGAUUAGUCAAGGAUAUGGCACGGCUUCGACCAGAGCUGAAGUUAUUGAUAUCCAGUGCAACAAUGGAUGCAGAGAAAUUUUCUAAUUAUUUUGACGCUGCUCCAAUCUUUAUCUUCCCAGGAAGAAGAUUUCCGGUUGACAUUAGCUUUGUAACUGCACCUGAAGCUGAUUAUAUGGAUGCAGCACUAGUGACUAUUCUUCAGAUACAUGUAAAUGAACCACUUGGAGAUAUUUUAGUCUUCCUUCCCGGGCAAGAGGAAAUUGAAAAUGUAGAAGAGACGUUGAAAAACAAGAUAAGAGGUUUCGGUACAAAGAUCCGGGAACUCAUAAUAUGCCCCAUCUAUGCGAACCUUCCAAGCGAAAUCCAAGCAAAGGUUUUUGAACCGACACCUGAAGGGGCUCGUAAGGUAGUUCUAGCAACAAAUAUCUCUGAAACAUCACUUACCAUUAAUGGUAUCAAGUAUGUCGUUGAUCCAGGGUUUUGUAAGAUCAAAUCUUAUAACCCGAGAAAUGGUAUGGAGUCUUUGCUUGUAACUCCAAUAUCCAAGGCUUCGGCGACGCAACGAACUGGCCGAGCUGGAAGAACAGGUCCAGGGAAGUGUUUUCGGCUGUACACAGCUUUCAAUUUCCAGAAUGAUAUGGAGGACAAUACGGUGCCAGAGAUACAAAGGACGAAUCUUGCUAGUGUGGUACUUGGUUUGAAGAGUCUUGGAAUUGAUGAUCUGUUGAACUUUGACUUCAUGGACCCUCCACCUGCUGAAGCUCUUGUUAAGGCUUUGGAACUACUAUUUGCUCUGGGUGCCCUAAAUAAAUCAGGUGAACUGACCAAAGUUGGGAGAAAGAUGGCUGAGUUUCCCCUUGAUCCUAUGUUGUCCAAAAUGAUUGUUGCUUCGGAGAAGUACAUGUGCUCUGAUGAGAUAAUCUCUAUUGCUGCUAUGUUGUCUGUGGGAAGUUCUAUCUUCUAUCGUCCCAAGGACAAGCAAGUUCAUGCGGACAAUGCAAGGAUGAAUUUCCACACGGGAAACGUGGGAGAUCACAUUGCUUUGCUAAAGGUAUAUAGUUCGUGGAAGGAAACAAACUACUCGACUCAGUGGUGCUACGAGAACUACAUUCAGGUCCGGAGCAUGAAACGAGCCAGAGACAUUCGUGACCAAUUAGAGGGACUUCUCGAGAGAGUAGAAAUAAAAGUCAGCACUAACAUCAACAACUUGGAUCUAGUAAGGAAGUCCAUCGUAGCAGGUUUUUUCCCAUAUACUGCCAAGCUAGAGAAGAAUGGAUCAUACCGAACUGCAAAGCAUCCCUUGACAGUGCAUAUAUAUCCCAGCUCAGGCUUAUCUCAAGUUCUACCAAGGUGGGUUGUAUACCAUGAGCUUGUCCUUACCUCUAAGGAAUAUAUGCGACAGGUAACUGAGCUAAACCCAAAAUGGUUGGUUGAGAUAGCUCCUCACUACUAUCAGCUCAAGGAUGUUGAAGAUGGUGCAUCAAAAAAAUUGCCGAAAGCAAUCGGACGAGCUCCAGCGUAA